AUGACCACGGGCACUCGGCUUCCCCGCCGGUCAAAUCAGGCAUUCCGCACUGAGCGCGACACAUUUGGUGAGCUCAAGGUCCCUGCCGAUCGCUAUUGGGGCGCGCAGACACAACGGUCAUUACAAAACUUUGAUAUCGGUGGUCCCUCCCAGCGACUACCACCCCCUCUGAUCAAGGCUUUUGGCGUGCUGAAGAAGGCUGCUUCCAUCGUCAAUGUCAGCUAUGGCAUGGAUCCUAAGGUUGGCGAAGCCAUUCAGACGGCUGCUGAUGAUGUCAUAUCUGGAAAGCUCAUGGAUCACUUCCCCUUGGUUGUCUUCCAAACUGGAAGUGGGACUCAGAGUAACAUGAAUGUAAACGAGGUCAUAUCGAAUCGUGCGAUAGAACUCCUUGGCGGUGAACUUGGGUCUAAGAAACCAGUCCAUCCUAAUGACCACGUUAACAUGAGCCAGAGUAGUAAUGACACAUUCCCAACAGCUAUGCACGUCGCUGCUGUGACUGAAAUUAACCAUUCGUUGCUUCCAGCACUGACGCAACUCAGGGAUGCUCUUAACGAAAAGGCUGAGCUUUUCAGCGGGAUUAUCAAAAUCGGACGCACGCACUUGCAGGAUGCCACACCUCUGACGCUUGGCCAAGAAUUCAGUGGAUAUGUCCAGCAAAUCGAUAAUGGCAUUGCUCGUGUCCAAAAUGUCAUUCCUCGCUUGAGCCUUCUUGCUCAGGGCGGCACUGCGGUUGGCACAGGUCUGAACACCAAGAAGGGUUUCGACGUCAAGAUUGCUGCCGAGAUCUCUACCAUUACAGGCUUGAAGUUCCAGACCGCGCCUAACAAGUUCGAAGCUCUAGCCAGUCACGAUGCCCUGGUUGAGGCUCAUGGUGCUCUGAAUGUCAUCGCGUGUUCCCUGAUGAAGAUCGCCAAUGACAUUAGAUUCCUUGGUUCUGGCCCUCGGUGUGGCUUUGGUGAACUAAGCCUCCCUGAAAACGAGCCUGGCAGUAGUAUCAUGCCUGGCAAAGUUAAUCCCACGCAGUGCGAGGCUGUGACAAUGGUCGCCGCUCAAGUUAUGGGUAACCAAACUGCUGUUAGCGUUGCUGGAGCCAGCGGACAAUUUGAGCUCAACGUCUUCAAACCGGUCAUAAUCAUGAACGUGCUACAGAGCAUUCGCCUUCUUUCUGAUGCCUCACGGUCUUUCACUAAGCAUUGCAUAAGUUUGAUGCUUGCAACGAUUUUGAACAGCCACCUUGGCUAUGAUAACGUGGCCAAGUGCGCAAAGAAAGCGCACAAGGAAGGAACUACGCUGAAGGAAGCAACUGUUGCCCUCGGAUAUCUUACACCUGAAGAGUUCGACUCAAAAGUGAGACCAGAGCUGAUGUUAUACCCAGAUGACAUAUAG